AAAUAAAAUAGAAUUUAUAGUUCCUAUAUAUUGAAAACUAUCAAGUAUACACUAUGAAUAGUAUCUGCAAAGCUCUAGUUGCAGCUGGUUGACCAGACUUUAAUAUUACCAACUUUAGAAAUCUAACCUGUAGUAGUAGUUCCGUAAUAAAUUUUAGCUAUUUCACAUUUUCAAUGUUUCAAUAAUACAGAAAAGGUGUAGUUUCUAUACUGUUUCUGUCAUUUAAAUCCUUACAAUUCUGUAUUCUCAGUUUUAUUAAAAAUGCUUUUAAGUAACGAAAAAGUGGAAUUAGACAAAUAUCAAAAUUCAAAUAUUUUAAUGAAGAUUGCCUAGUACUCAAUAUAAUAUUCUUCCAUUCUUAUACUUAACAUAGUGACGGAAGAUAUGUUAACAUAGUGACGUAAGAUAUUCAUAAUUAAAGCAAUGAAAUUCCUAAAAUUGUGUCUCGAUAUGAAGCUUAUAGGAGUGAUAGAAUAUAAUAAGGAGUAUCAUAGAAAAGUAGCGAAAUCACGACAAAUCUAUUAUCUGUCCUCCCAUGUUAUAAUAUGUUUAAAUAUCCCAUAACAGUUGUACUAUAGUAGGAUCAUCAUCAUCAGCAUAUCGGAGCCCACUGCUGAGCAAAGGCCUCUUAUCACAUGGAGAAGGUUAGAGCAUUAAUCACCACGCUUGCUCAAGACGGGUUGGCGAUUUCAAUCUUAUAAUUUUGAAAUUAUAAGACCAGGUUUUCUCUCGAUGUUUUCCUUCACCGUCCGUCAGUGGUGUCUAAAUACUCUUAGAAAGUACAUAUUAGUCGGAAAAGAUCACAUUGGUACUUCCCAGGUUUCGAACUCGCGCCCUCACGUAUGAGAGGCGGGCCUUUAACCGCCAGGCCACCACGACUAUUGUAGGAUAAUACUUUAUAAAUUUUAUUAAAUCACCCUAAAUAUGAACGCUUGAAAGUUUCUCCAAAACCUUUUCAAUAUAAUUAACAGUAAAAGAAGGCUAUAUAAACAAUUAUUUGCCUUACACUUCAGAUAACUUACCUUCAUUGUUGACGAGUUAUUCUAAUCGAACGGUAAUAAAUUUAGGUAAUUCUUUGGCUUAUUUAUUGUUAAAAAAUGCUAUUUGUACUAAUACUGUGUCUGAGUAUAAUUCAGUUUUUGUACUCCUCAUGUAGGUAUCUAACAUUAAUUUAUUUUAAUGAUUAUCAAUGUACCUAAAUAACAUUCUAACUCCAGCUUCACCACUAGAGAAGAAAUGUUUUGCAAGUGAUACAAAAUGAUGAGAUCUAAGAUUUUCGCGAGUAUUUAUUUAAAUGAAACUAGUAUUAUUCGGAUUUACUACGCGGAUUUUAUUAUUUAAAAACUAUAUAAUCCCGACGUUUCGGUUACUUUGCAGCAACCGUUAUCACGGGCAGACGAGGUUAUACAAAAUGCCUUACUACAAGAGCACAAGAAAACGUAGCUCUAUUUGUAAAGGGUAUACCAGAUAUAUACGUUGAAAGACUUGACCCAAUGUUUAUUGAUUAUAUAAAAAAUGAAAAAGAAGGCUUAAUAAUGGAGGGAUGGAAUAACCGGUUAGGAUUAUCGAAUGCAAUUAUAGAUGAACUCCGUAUAGAUAUGAGUUCAAAGCUUAUGAGACUGGUUUUCCACGCUGAGAAAUUCUUAUUCAAGAAUAAAUACAAGAUUUAUGGUUUACUUUUCACUAUGCCAAUUUGUGGCGAAGGAGAUUUGUUAUCAUUUGAAAGAAACAAAAAUAUUGCAUUAACAAUGCCUUUCGACAUACUUGUUGAUUCUAAAGGCCAGAGCUUCAUGAAUUUAAAGAAUGUUACAUAUAACUUUGAAACAAAGGAUGGUGCUUAUUUUUACCUUACAAACCUAUACUAUGGAGACCAAGCUAAGAGUGAUUACACACACAAUUAUCUUAAUAAAAACUGGAAGCUGAUCACUCAAAUAUUCCCACCUCUCAUUUUGGAUGAUAUAUGUUUUAAAAUAUUCAACGCGGUUGCUACGUUGCUCCAAGACUUGUUGUUAUGAAAUUUUUUAUUUAUUUAGUUAUAUAAGAUAUAAUAAUAAGGAACUGUAAGAUAUCGAGAAAUUUAAGAAAAAAUAUAUUUUAUAAUUUAAUUUUGGCCUGAUAAAGUAUCAUAUGCAAA